AUGAGCUUCCGCAAGUACUCAACUGAGGCCCCCAAGGCCGCUGAGGCUGCCGCUUCCCCAAAGUCCAACUUGACCCCGAUCUACAUCGGUGUCGGCCUUGCUGGCCUCGGUGCCGGUCUGUACCGUUACUACGGCACUAGCGCUCCCAUCGAGCUCAAGGACCGUCCCAAGGUCUUCAACGGCGAGGACUGGGUUGACCUCAAGGUUGCCAGCAUUGAGACACUUAGCCACAACGUCAAGAAGCUGCGCUUCGAAUUUGAGGACAAGGAGGCCGUCUCUGGUCUUCCCGUCGCCUCUGCUCUUUUGACCCGAUUCAAGCCCGCCGGUGCCGAGAAGAACAUCCUUCGUCCUUACACCCCUGUGAGCGAUGAGGAUGCUCCCGGCUACCUUGAGCUCGUGGUCAAGGCCUAUCCCAACGGACCCAUGUCCGAGCAUAUCCACUCCCUGAACGUCGACCAGCGCCUUUCCUUCAAGGGUCCUCUCCCCAAGUAUCCCUGGGAGGCUAACAAGCACGACCACAUUGCCCUGAUCGCCGGUGGAACCGGUAUCACCCCCAUGUACCAGCUUGCCCGCCAGAUUUUCAAGAACCCCGAGGACCGCACCAAGGUUACCCUUAUCUUCGGUAACGUCAACGAGGACGACAUUCUUCUGAAGAAGGAGCUCCAGGAUCUCGAGAACACCUAUCCCCAGCGCUUCCGCGCCUUCUACGUCCUCGACAACCCUCCCAAGGAAUGGACCGGCGGCAAGGGCCACAUCACCAAGGAGCUGCUGAAGACUGUUCUGCCCGAGCCCAAGGAAGAGAACAUCAAGCUAUUUGUCUGCGGUCCCCCGGGUAUGUACAAGGCCAUCUCUGGCGGCAAGGUCAGCCCUAAGGACCAGGGUGAGCUUUCUGGUAUCCUGAAGGAGUUGGGCUAUGACAAGGAGCAGGUUUUCAAGUUUUAG